AUGCCCACCCCUGCCUCGCAGCCCCGCCUGCCUCUGGUGCCCCUGCUGCUACCUCUGCUGCUGGGACUCUCAGGAGUGGCAGGUGAGGAGGAGCCACAGGUGAUUCAACCUGUGAAGUCGGUGUCUGUAGCAGCAGGACAGUCAGCCUCUCUGCGGUGCAUUGUGACCUCCCUGCUCCCUGUGGGGUCCAUUAAGUGGUUCAAGGGCACUAAACGGGACCGGCAGUUGAUCUACAGUUUCAAAAAAGGUCACUUCUCUCGGAUAACAAGUAUGUCAGACGUCACAAAGACAAACAACACGGACUUUUCCAUCCGCAUCAGCAACCUCACCCUCGCAGACGCUGGCACCUACUACUGCUUGAUGCUCAGGACAAUAAGCGAUGGCAACAUGGAAGUUAAGUCUGGACCAGGCACCCUGAUACUUGUGCGUAGUAAGUCCAGAUCCCUAGAGCUCUAGAUAAGUUGUUCCUAGAAAAGUCACAAGCCCCGGGAGC